AUGUCUUCUUGGAGCGAGAAAGAAAACAUACAUUUUAUGUCUCAGAAACCGUCGAAUUUUCAUAAUCUAGGCGCUGCUCUCUCAGACUGUGCUAUCCUUGUUAAAGAGACUGAUCAGAGUGUUCCCUCUUUACCGAGUAAGGAAGAUGUGCUGACUCCUCAGGUGGAUUGUAGAAAGGAUAAAGCUAGCUUAGGGAGAAUUGACAUGUCCUCCACUUAUAAACACCAAAGAUCUUCAAAAUCUGAUGUCUCAAGUGGAAGGGUGUCUGGUGGAUUGGUGAAUGAUCAAAAUCUGGUUGACAGUGACACUUUUUUACCAGAGGCGAGUAGUUCUGGUCUAUAUCUUACAGCUGAUUGUGCAAUUAAGGAGUUUGAAAAGAGAGAUGUAAAAGUUAAGGCUCUCCAAGCUGCUGAAGCUGCCAAACGUGCUGCUGAAAUAAAAGAAAAUGAACGCAAUCAGAAGAAAGAGGCAAUGAAUCUUGAACGAGCAAGAGUGGAGCAAAAAAAUAUGAAGGAAAUGGAACUAAAAAGAAAACUUAAAGAGGAACAAAGAAAGAAAAGAGAGGCUGGAAAUGCAGCUAAGAAAAGGCAGAGAGAAGAAGAAGAAAAGAAAGAAAAGGAAAGGAGAAAACACCGUAUUGAGGAAGCACGGUUGCAGCAUAAGCAAGAAGAAAGAGCUCAUCAGAGAAAGCAUUUUAUUGAGAAAUCAGAAAAACAACUUGACAUAGGAUAUGAAGGAGAAGAUUCAGAGAAGCCAGUGAAUGAUUUGGUUGUUGGAAGUGAUAGAAGAGAAGCUGAAGUUGGACUUUCAACCUUAAUUGAUCACAAGAUGUCAACGGGAUCCUCUGCUGCUGGAAAGGUAGGUGCCGUUGACGUGGCUGAAAAUUUAACUCCUAAUGUUGACAAAAAAGACAAGCCAACUCAUCGAACCAGUGCACCACAGUCAUGA